AGAGGAAGAACGGUUUCUCUGCUAGAUUGUUCCUCAAUACCUGCUAGACACUCCUGCUCUGUUCUUCUACUUUAUGCAAGAGUCUCCAGUGUUACAUUCCUGCCUGUUUCUCUGCUACAACCCCGACCGUCCUUGACCUGUUCUGCCUGCCUGUUUUCUGGAUUAUCUGCCUGUAUGUUAACUUGGACCCAGACUCCCUGCCUUCUCCUGUUAGCACUGCCUGUGCUCAGACCUGUUCCACACAUCGCCUGUCUCCUGGGGUCCGUUUCACAAACCAGGUUUAGUGAGAACUCUGAGUCUGUAACCCUGAAAUGAGGGAAACUCUGAGUUUUCCAUUUCACAAAGGGAGGUAACUCAAACCACAGAGGGCUAACUUUAGCCUGUUUCACAGACAGAGGGCUAACUUUAGCCUGUUUCACAGACAGAGGUAACUUCAGUUCUCGGUCAGUUACCAUAACAACAGACUCUAUGAACCUAACCUGGUCGGGACCAGGGUUUUCUCAAUGAACCCUGAGUUUCUCUCUGUCUCCACUCACUUUCAGCCACACACCGUAUUUAAUUUCCUCAUUCCUUCAGUCAGGAGGCGAGUUUUGGCGUAACAUAGUUCUGCCGUCUGUUAUUUAAAUAAAUCCGUCAGUAGGUCUAUAUUAGAAGUCCAUUAGACACAGUAGGUGGACAGUUUUUUCAUUAACAUGGCAUGUCCUUUUGACGACGAUCCCGUGGAUGAAGGUGCAGCAUUACUGCGCAGAGAAUUAAAUGUUCGUCGGGAGAUGGUUAUCAGACCGCGCAUAGAUGUUCUAGCAUUUCCAGACAGUUAUCUUUUAGAGCGGUACCGUUUCACGUCCCAGUCCAUCAUCUACAUACACAACCUAAUCCGUCCUUACAUUUGCAACAUCACCAACCGUAGUCAUGCUCUUACAUCCCAGCAGAUAUUGUGUGUUGCGCUGCGUUUCUUUGCAAACGGGAGUUUUUUGUAUAAUGUCGGAGAUGCAGAGCACUUAAGUAAGGCAACUGUAAGCAGGACGAUCAGAAAAGUGUGCCUGGCCCUGAAACGGCUCUUGCCCAUCUUCGUGGUUUUCCCUGGACAUAAACCUGUCAGAGCCAUCAAGGAGGAGUUCCACAGGAUAGCGGGAUUUCCCUGUGUGAUUGGCUGCAUAGAUGGCACACACAUCCCCAUCACUGCUCCCUCACAUAAUGAAGCAGAUUAUGUGAAUAGGAAGUCCAUUCACAGCAUAAAUGUGCAGAUAAUAUGUGAUGCUGCAUACAUCAUUUCCAAUGUGGAGGCCAAGUGGCCUGGGUCUGUUCAUGACUCAAGGAUUUAUCGUGAGUCUAACCUGAGCGACAGACUGCAACGUGGAGAGUUUGAUGGCCUUCUGCUGGGUGACAGGGGUUACCCAUGCCAACCUAGGCUACUGACCCCUUACCCUGACCCUGAACCAGGCCCCCAACAGAACUUCAACCGGGCUCACUGCAAGACCAGAGCCCGGGUGGAGACGACCAUAGGCCUGCUGAAAGCCCGUUUCCAGUGCCUACGUCACCUCAGGGUGACUCCUGAGAGGGCCUGUGAUAUUAUUGUGGCAUGUGUUAUUCUUCAUAAUAUUGCCACUAUUAGAGGAGAGCAACAGCCUGCCCUGCAAACUGAAGACUCUGAUGAUGACCCCAUCCACCUGCCAGCUGUGGAGGACGGCAGAGCAGUCAGAGACACUAUAUGCCAUAAUCACUUCAGAGAUUAAGUCUCCAUCAUCACCAUCACAGCAGUUAAAGAUAUGAUACACAUUUCAUUUGGUCUUCUUUAUUUUCUACAAAUACAAGAGCUAGUUUAGUUAAUGUUCCAAUAGUUAACAUCAUUCACCUGUGACAAUGCACCCACCUCUAAUUUGUGCUCCAGUAUUUCAAUUUCUAAAUCUGCCCUCCUAAUCUGGCAGUCCAAGUAUUGUAUUUCUUUGUUGGUUUUUUGGAUUUUUUUCAGGAGAUGAAUUCUGUAAAUCUAUUUUACUGGUAACUGGGAAUACA